CGCCCCGAGGGCGGACCCGGGCGGGGCGCGGCGGCGGGGCGCCAACCAAGCCAAGGCGGCGGCCCGGCAGCCCUCGCGCCCGCCGCCGUCCGCAGCUCGGCGGGGCCCGCUCGCAGCGCCCGGAGCCGCCGCGGCCAUGAAGCUGCGCGUGCGGCUGCACAAGCGGACGGCGCCGCUGGAGCUGCUGGGGGCGGAGCCAACGCUGGGGGAGCUGCGCGCGCAGCUGCGCCGGGCCCUGCUGCCCGCCUGGGGGUACAGUUCUGAUACAGAGUUUUCAAUAACGUUGAACAGCAAAGAUGCUCUUACAGAAGACGAGAAGACUUUAGCUUCAUAUGGGAUUGUUCCUGGUGAUUUAAUAUGUUUAUUGCUAGAAGAAAAAGAUGCCAAACCCAGCCUACCUCCUCCCUCAUCUUCUAAUCCUCCCACGCUUCAGAAUGGUCAUGAGACAUCCACCAUGAUCCCCAACAGAAGUCAGGCUGACAGUCCAAAAGAAGAAAGGCAGGAUGAACAAUCUGCCAACGAGAAAGCUCAAGAGGAAGUUCAAAGGAAUGAUGACAGGGCAGGAUCCAGCAUAGAGUUUCCUUCUGGAUUAGUCCCAGAGGAAGUCGAUCUGGAGGAAGGUACAGGCUCCUAUCCUUCUGAACCCAUGCUGUGCAGUGAAGCUGCUGAUGGUGAGAUACCACAUUCCUUAGAGAUGCUCUACCUUUCUGCUGAGUGUACCAGUGCCGCUGAUGCUUUGAUCGUUCUAGUACAUCUUCUCAUGAUGGAGACAGGCUAUGUACCACAGGGGACAGAAGCCAAGGCAGUAUCUAUGCCAGAGAAAUGGAGAGGGAAUGGUGUUUAUAAGCUACAGUACACACAUCCCCUUUGCGAAGAAGGUUCUGCUGGUUUGACUUGUGUGCCUUUGGGAGAUCUUGUUGCUAUUAAUGCAACAUUAAAAAUCAACAAAGAGAUUAAAGGUGUGAAGAGAAUACAGCUACUGCCUGCAUCCUUUGUUUGCUUUCAGGAACCAGAAAAGGUUGCGGGUGUUUACAAAGACCUUCAGAAAUUAUCCCGUCUCUUUAAAGACCAGCUGGUUUACUCUCUUCUGGCUGCUGCCCGACAAGCUCUGAACUUGCCAGAUGUUUUUGGGUUAGUGGUCCUUCCUCUUGAGCUGAAGCUUCGGAUCUUCAGACUUCUGGAUGUCCGUUCGCUCCUCUCUCUUUCUGCUGUUUGCCGUGAUCUUUAUGCAGCUUCAAAUGACCAGCUUCUGUGGAGGUUUAUAUACCUGCGAGAUUUCCGAGAUCCUAUUGCAAGGCCUCGUGACACAGACUGGAAAGAACUAUACAAGAAAAAGUUGAAACAGAAGAAGGAGGCCUUGAGAUGGAGGCACAUGAUGUUUCUGCCCCCUACACCUCAUCCAAUUCCCUUUCAUCCCAACCCAUUUUAUCCUAGCCCCUUUCCUCCCAACCCCUUUCCAUCAAACCCAAUCUACCCCCCCAUGAUCAUUGGUGGAGAAUAUGAUGAGAGACCAACACUUCCAUAUGUUGGAGACCCAAUUAACUCGCUUAUUCCUGGUCCAGGGGAAGCACCAGGCCAGUUUCCUCCAUUCAGACCACAUUUUGACCCCAUUGGUUCCUUGCCUGGAGCAAACCCUACACUUCCAGGACGAGCUGGUCCCAAUGACAGGUUUCCACCUAGACCCAGCCGGGGCCGCCCCAUGGACAUUCGCCGUGCGUUCAUUUGAUUGCUGCUUUCUCCUUCAGUGAACUUUCUAAUUCCUGAGCUUGCUUUCUAACUGCAGGAGGUUGCAAAAUGCAGACACUAAAAUCUGCCUUCUCUUCAGAUUGUUGGAAGAACUCGUGUGCAUGAUACUGUUUCCAAACCAAAGUCAGGGUUUGUUUAUGUUCUGGUAACCCUGCAGCACUUGGCACUAGGUCUGUUUCAAGAAGAGCUAUGAGUUAGAACAAUUAAUGCUGUUCUCUGCCCUCCUCCUCCUCUUUAGUCAUCUGUGAAGUGCUAGAGACCAGAAGGAUACUGGCCAAAUAUUUGCUGCAUCAGAUAAAAAGCACUUUAAAUACACAAAUCCUAUCUUUGUCUGUCUUAUUUGAAAAGUUUUAUUAAUUUGCCAGGAAAAAGAAUAUUUUGUUUAAAAUCUACCUGGCUAAUAAUCUUUCUUAACAGAAAAUCUACCAUGUUCCACAUAGAAUAGGAUACUAUCACUGUUAUGGUAGAUGUGAGUUCAUAGAUUUUUUUUUUAAAGAUGACAUUUUCCUUUUAUUUUUAUUAGGUAAAAAGUAUUUUUGUGUUGUUACAUAAUACACAAAGAAUACAGGGAAGUGAUUUUUAAAUGGAUAUAUUAGGACACAAAUCAAUUCAUUUUGCAAACAACUGAGUAAACUCAUGCUACAGUGCAACUCAAAAAUCUGAACAGAAGCAGAGCAAUUUUACAAAGAACCAGCAGCAAAACUUUUGUCUCUUUUCUUGGUUGAACAGGUUGACUUUACAAAUAAGUAGCUAUAGUACAUGGCCGCAUUUACUGUGUGUGAACUAAAAUUGGUGCAAAAGUAAGUCUUUCCUCCUGCGUAACUACGUAAGGAAUUAAGCAGCUUGAUCUGGUUGCAGUAGAAAUGGGAUUGCAGCAGGAGAAGCAGAGUUAAUACUUUACUGCAGUAAGUUCCAUUUAAUUCCAUUACUGCAGUAUUAAAUCUUGCUGGAAGGAAACAUUGUAGUAUGUUUUGAGCACCUUUCAAGUGUUGUCUCGUUAAUUAAUUAACAACUAACAAGGUCACUGUUAAAGUCUCCUGAUGAGAUCUUCAGUCUGAUGCUGAAGCUCAAUUAAAGAAAGACUGGAAUAACUAAACUUUGCUAGAACUUUUAUUUUCUUACUUUUUUUUUCCUUUUUAAGAUGGAUUGAUCUCUGUUUCUGAAAAUGUAAAUGGUACUGAUGACUGUUGUAACAGCUGAUAUUAUUUUCUACAAUCUUUCUGGAAUUCAAAGAAGGGAAAUGGAUUACAUUUCCUAUUAAAUACAUGCUGUUUAAUCAGUAACACAUGUGCUUUUUCAGGUGGUAUUUCAGUGAUUCAUCUUGUUUUGUAUAAAAUCAGCUGACUUCAGUAUGGUCAGAAAGUUUUGUUAUUAACUCCCACAGGAGUAAAAUAUAAUACUUUUAUUUUGCUCUCAAAAGUUGCAUUUCCUUUUUUUCCCCUGUCCUACUUCACAGCUACGGCAUACCAGUGCAAAUCCUGCCCUUAUCAAACACUGAAGAAUAAGUAUCUAUAGAGUCUGGGGGGCAGUGGUUCCCAUUUGAUGCCAAGUCUAGCCUUAAUUUUUAACAUUUUCCUAAAGUAAUUGAAUUUCCUUUUUCCAAUGUUUUUUUCACUUAAGUGAAGUGCACAGUCAAACAUCUUGGAGCUAACAGUGAUUCUUUAUCUUCCACUGACUAUAAGAAAGAAAACGGAUGUCUACGCUGUGGAUCUUGCACCAUUUUGUCCUUGUGCUGAAUACUUCAGAAACACAUACGUUAAAUUGAGAUAACGUCACACAAUUUUAACUGAUAAAAUAUUUUGUAACUUAUUCUUCACUUUUUUUCAAGCUAUUUCUGGGAACAAUGAUCUUUGUGUGUGAUAGAUUAAUUUUGUGGUACCAAAGGUACUCGUUACUAAUGCCUUGAUGAUAUCCACAUUGCUCACUCUGCGGGCAUGCUUCUUGCUGCUGUGGAGUUCAGCCCUCUGCCACGAAGACAACCUGGUCAUUUGUCUCCCAGGCUUAUGCCACAGGUUCUGUUUAUCCUGGAUUUUGUCAUUUGGACGUUUGUUUGUGAAGAAAUGAACUCAACAUUAUUACAGAUAUGCCAAUGAGUGACCUGAAGAUACUCCUUCCUUUUCUUCUUUGUUCCUUCACACUGUAGUGAAGGCAUCGUGAGCCAAAGAGAAAGGAAUCUGACUUAUCCUGAACUGUUGAGUUCCCUUAAUUCAUAAAGCAGUACAUGAAAUACUAUGUGAAUAUCUCAGGACCAACAGUAUAAAAUGAGAAGAAUACAGGAAAUAUGUGAAAACCGGCUACUUAUUUUUGUUAUUUGGCAGCUUCUAAGACAGGUGUAUGUGUCAUUGCUGUUUGCAAAGUACAGAAGAGACGCCACAAAAGGUGAAGUGCCUUAAGGUGGCCCUCAUUCCUUACCUGUACUGUUCAUCUGUAUCCAGUGCUGUAUGGUUGCUACUAAGAUUCAUUUGGAAAUUGGAAACUAUUAUUUUUUUCUCUAUUUAUUGUUUUACCUUCGUCCUGAAACUUAAGACAAAUGUAUUAAAAAAAAAAAAAAAGGGUAUAUGCAAGGUAUAAGGUCCUAUGUACCUGUCUGUGAUCAGUGAAAGAGAAGAAGGUACAGCUGCAGUUACUGGAGCAGGACUGCUAUUCUGAGCCCUAGCUUUAUACAAGAUGUUUAAUUGCAUGAGAACGUGAGUUACAUUCCUCUUGAAAUACCACACCUAGAUAUUACAAGAAGGUCAAGAUGUUUCUUGGUAUGUAUCUAAACAGCAAAAUCUAAAAUCAUUUUCCAGGUGGUGGAUAUGAGUGGGUGUCUUAGCUGUGUCCCAGCUUCUUGGGCUGAAUCCAAACACACACAUCUAUUCAUGUUUCCUGGCUUCCAUGUGAAGAAAAUUAAAGCAUGCAGGACAAGAGGGAGACCCAGUGUGCUCUGACCAGGUGUUCAGUUUUCACAGCUGUGAGAAAGACCCCAAGGCAUGCUGUGGGGCAUGUCUGUCCUGUGAUUUAAAUGUAAUUUCUAUUCACCAACUUCUAUCUUGCCUUUUUAACUGUACUUAACUCCAGCUGUUAUAUUUAGGUACCUGAAUAGUUGGGUAUACCUUAGUUCACGACUCAUAAAAUGGAGGAUAUAAUCCUUGCAUUUCCUCUCUCUGUUGCUUUAUUAGGUUGUAGGGAUUUUGGAAUAGAAACCCUGCAUCGGAAGUGAUAACCUGAACAUACAAUGGUGUGUUUGUGAAUCAUCUGUUAGCCACAAUAUCUAGUUUGUAGUUUGAAGUGUACUGUUAGAACAUUUAUAAGGCACAGUACAGAGUUUCAUCAUUUUAAUCAGGACAUCAGCUCAGUAUGUUCAUUAAGCACUCUUGUGGACAGAACUGAAAAUGCUUUUUAGGAACUAUAGGAAUAGGCAGGAUAAGCUGAUACUACCUGUUGCUUUUACUCAUGUCUGCAAGCUGGAGCUAGGAGGAGGGGAGAUCCCAGCCUGUUUGCUUGUCCCUUGAAAGAUGACAGUUGGGAGCUGCAGGCAGGUCUGAGAUUGCAGCUGGGCAUCAAACCACAUUGCUAUCCUGUUGCAGUGGUCAGCUGCAGGACAGCCCUGCUGUGUUCAAGUGCAGCACCAGCAAAUGAUUCCACUGCUGUGGUUUCAGUGAGUAACUGGGGUCAUUUUAAGGGGCCAUGCCUUACUAGUCAGUAGUCACUUCAUUUUUGUAUAGGCUGUAUUGGUAAGAGACACGUAAAAAGAUUUGAUAGAACAGUUGAGGAUUCUGGCAGUAAACUUCUCUAUCUGUCUUUGCGUCUCUGGUGACUGUGUAGUAGGGAAAGGCAUAAGCUAUGCUGAGGGAAGCGUUACAGAAGGAAAUCCUCUCCCACCAGGGUUGUGUUACCUCUUCUCCAUAUAGUGGAGCCUGUUAAUCUGCUAUUGUUCUUGCUAGUGGGACAGUGUUUUCUCAAGGUCAUUUGUCACUCUUUUAUUGCUCCUGGAGACUGCAGAACAGCAGGGUCUGUUUUCUUUCUCAGGCAAUGACAUGUAUUAAUGAUGCAACAUUGUAAACUGCUUAGCAAACCUGGAAGGACAAUGU